AUGCCUUCUGCGCAUGGAGAAGCUGGAAGUAACGAUCAUUUUCUAAUUGAGAGAAAUCAGCUAUUGUUUAUCCCACGAUCAAUACAUCAACUACGAAUUAUUCUUCAACAGCCAUCACCAAUAUGGAAAGAUUUUAAUAUUGAAAAUGUAAAAAUUGUCGCACAGGCACCAGUUGGAAAUGAUGUAAGAAUGUUGAAAACUGAAUUAGAAAAUGUGUUUUUGAUGGUUCCCAUAUGUAAUAUUAUUGCACGAAAAAUUAUCGUUAAGGAUAUCUCCAAAGCGGAAACCUCGUCGCAAAAAGCCACCUAG